AUGGUAGACUUCCCGAAGGAAGUUGGAGAUGGUCUGGGUGUCCCCCUCGAAGAGAUUGCUCCACGCCUGGACUUUGAUGCCAUCGAACAACGGGGAGCUGAUCGCCAGUUUGGCCCCAGUAUCUCCUGCAUCAGCAGUUCUCAAGAAACAAUGCUUGUAGCAGCCAAGGAGAAGCUCCAUCACAUUCCUGUUGCCAUGGUUUUUGUUGAAUGUCAACCGAGAGGGACGGUAUGGAUGAUGCCGCUCUUUCUACUGUUACUAUGGCUCCGAGUUACAAGUGCUUUGACGGGGCCAUGGUUGGUAACCGGGAAGCUCGGGGGAAAGGUUUCGAUCGAAUGCCAUUACUCCAUCAAUUCCGUCAACAGACAUCAGAGGAAGUACUGGUGCCGUCUGCAGGUCCCCAAGAGGAUCUGCCACACCAUCAUCUCCACCAACCGCUUUGUCAGGAAGGACUACCAAGGCAGAGUAUCCAUCCAGGACUUCCCAGGGAAUGGCUCCUUCGUGGUGGCGCUGGCUCAGCUGACCCCGCAUGACACCGGGCACUACCGCUGUGGCAUCGGAGCCAGGACGGACAUGCUGUUCAUCAACAUGGAUCUGAUCAUCUCUGCAGACAGACAGACCCCAAGAACCACCACUACUACAACUCCACUUACAGACAGGCGGACCCCCAAAACCACUAUUGCUACAACCCCAGUUACAGACAGACGGACCCCAAAAACCGUGACUGCUACAACUCCACGUAUAAACAGACAGACCCCAACAUCUACUGUUGCACCUCCAUCUACAGACAGACGGACCCCGAGAACUGUCAUUGCUACAACUCCAUUUACAAACACACAGUUCCCAGGAUCUACUGUUGCUACACCUCCAUCUACGGACAGACGGGCCCCAAGAACCGUCACUGCUACAACUCCACUUAUAGACAGACAGACCCCAAGAUCUUCCUUUGCUACAACUCUACUUACAGAUGGAAGGACCCCUGGAUCUACUGUUGCUACAAUUCCAUUUACAGACAGAUGGACCCCAAAAACUGUCACUGCUACAACCCUAUUUACAGACAGACGACCCCCAGGAUCUACUGUUGCUAUAACUCCAUUUACAGACAGAAAGACCCCGAGAACUGUCAUUGCUAUGACUCCAUUUACAGACAGGAAGACGCCAGGAACAGUCAUUGCAGCAACUCCACUAACAGACAGACGGACUCCGGGAACUAUCAUUGCAACAAUUACACUUACAGACAGACAGACCCCAGGAACUGCUACAAUUUCACUUAGAGAUCGACAGACCCCAGGAUCUACUGUUGCUACAACUCCAUUUACAGACAGAUGGACCCCUAGAACCAUCACUGCUACAACUGCACUUAUAGACAGGCGGACCCCAGGAUCUACUGUUGCCACAACUCGACUUACAGAAAGACGGACCCCGAGAACCACCAUCGCUACAACUCUACUUACAGACAGAUGGACCCCAGAAACUGUUGUUGCUACAACUCCUCUUACGGGCGGACGGACCCCGGGAUCUACUGUUGCUACAACUCCACUUACAGACAGACGGACCCGGGGAACCAUCACUGCUUCAACUCCACCUGCAGACAGACGGACCAAGAGAACCACCACUGCUACAACUCCACUUACAGUCAAACGGACCCCGGGAACCGUUGUUGCUACAACUCCUCUUACACGUAGACAGACCCCAGGAUCUACCGAUGUUACAACUCCACCUGCAGACAGAAGGACCAAGAGAACCACCACUGCUACAACUCCACUUACAGUCAGACGGACCCCGGGAUCUACUGUUGCUACAACUCCACUUACAGACAGACGGACCCUGGGAACCAUCACUGCUUCAACUCCACCUGCAGACAGACGGACCAGGAGAACCACCACUGCUACAGCUCCACUUACAGUCAGACAGACUCCAGGAACCGUUGUUGCUACAACUCCUCUUACACGCAGACAGACCCCAGGAUCUACCGAUGCUACAACUCCACUUACAGACAGACGGACCAAGAGAACCACCAUUACUCCAACUCCACUUACAGUCAGAUGGACCCCGAAGACCAUUGUUGCUACAACUCCUCUUACAGGCAGAAAGACUCCUGGAUCUACUGUUGCUACAACUCCACUUACAGACAGAUGGACACUGGGAACCAUCACUGCUACAACUCCACUUACAGACAGACGGACCCCUAGAACUGUUGUUGCUUCAACUCUCCUUCCAGUGGGACGAGACCCAGGGACUCUCAGGGCAACAAUUCCAACUACAGACCAUCAGGAUCUGGGGACCAAAGGAACAACCGCUCCACUUGCAGGCGGAGGGUCUCCAGGACCUCCACCUACCAUCACAUUGGCUCCAGGGACCCCUCCCAGGGAACAGGCCCUAACGACCCUACAAUCAACAACACUUGCUGCCCAGAAACAGGCAACACAAACGGUUAGAGGUGCAACACCAUCAGUCCCUGUUCUUCCACCCGGGGGAACCACCGGGGCAGGAACUCGAGUUUCAGACAAAGAGGUCUCAGGAGCCAUUGCUGCAGGUGCUCCAGCUGUGGAAACAGCACUUGGAGGAGGAGGAGGAAAAGGAGGAAGAGGAGAAAAAAGAGGAACAGCACUUGAACUCUCUGAGAAGACAGUGGAAUCAGUCUCAGGAGAGUGGAGUCGGCCUCCUCCUGACCCCCAGAUCCCGCUAGAGAGCUUUCAUCCAGGAGCGAGACACUUCCCUCUGAAACUCAUCCCCACCACCUUGGUACUGCUGCCCCUGGCCAUCAUAGGGCUCGUACUGCUGAAGAGGAGGCUCCAAAGGAAAAGCCCUCUGAGGGCAGAGAGAGUCACCUUGCUGAACCUGGCCCAUUUUGAAGACUCCCCAAGGGACCCCAGGCCCUGGCCAACUGGGCUGAGAGGGAUGAAGCUCCCUGAUGGUGAUGAUGAUGAUGAUGAUGAUGAAGAUGAUGAUGAUGAUGUUGAGAGUGAGCCUGCCUGUCCCAACCAUCAGGCUGCCCAAGGAAGCUGGGCUGCCUUCAGAAUCAGGGCCACUGCUUUGUUGAGGAGAGGAGACAGAGCCCAGCUUCUGCAGUCGUGAUUACUGUGAGGCAGAUGGAAAAAGAAGAUGGGCUCAGCGGUGUCAACCGGAGAAGGAAGGGAAGUAUUCCAGCCGCUCAGCAGGCAUGCAGUAAUUACUAACGGUCAAUAGCGAUGCAAGAUUGGCUUGGCUUGCUAUAUCACUUAAUCAACUCUUGGCUUCUUUAGGGA